GUUAUGAUGAGCUUAAUCCUGAGUGGAGAUUUUCUACUGAGAAAAGAAAGAAAAUAAAAGAUAAAGAGUCCUUUUAUCCACUGAUAGAUGUCAAUUGGUGGGCAGAAGGCGCAGUGACUUUAGCUCGCUGUUCUGGUGCUUUAACUGUUUCAUCAGUGAAAACCUUGAAGAAUUUACUGGGAAAAUCCUGUGAAUGGUUUGAACCAUCACCUCAAGUCACUGCUACCCAUGAUGGAGGAUUUUUAAGUUUGGAGUGUGAGAUUAAACUUGCCCCCAAAAGAUCUCGUUUAGAGAUGAGGGCUGGAGAAGAAAAUGAAGGAGAAGAGGAUUCUGACUCUGAGCAUGAAACAUCCGCCAAGGCUCGCUAUUUUGGUUACAUAAAACAGGGCCUUUACCUAGUGACUGAGAUGGAGCGGUUUGCGCCUCCUCGGAAACGCCCACGAGCCAUUACUAAAAACUAUCGUCUUGUGAGUUUGCGCUCUACAACUCCAGAGGAGCUUUACCAGAGGAAGAUUGAAAGUGAAGAGUAUGAGGAAGCCUUGUCUUUGGCUCACACUUAUGCCUUGGAUACUGACCUUGUCUAUCAGAGACAAUGGAGGAAGUCAGCCGUCAACAUUGCUUCAAUUCAGAAUUACUUGAGUAAAAUAAAGAAGCGAUCCUGGGUUCUCCAUGAGUGUUUGGAGAGAGUUCCUGAAAAUGUGGAUGCUGCAAAAGAAUUGCUUCAGUAUGGAUUAAAAGGAACAGACCUGGAAGCUCUUUUAGCAAUAGGGAAAGGAACAGAUGAUGGCAGAUUUACAUUACCUGGUGAGGUAGACAUUGACACCAUCCCCUAUGAGGAACUUUUGCUACCUGAUGAAGAGCUCGCCCAGACUAAAAUGGAAACAGAGCACAAAAAGAGAGAAGAACUACUUAAAUUAAUGAACUUUUCCAAGUUGACACUAGAACAAAAAGAACUUUGCCGUUGUAGACUGAAGUUAUUAACUUACUUAGAUCGACUUGCAACAUAUGAGGAAAUCCUUGGAGUGCCUCAUGUGUCUGAACAGAGAUAUGAUGCUGAAUUCUUUAAGAAGUUCAGAAGUCAGAAUAUUGUUCUGUCAGCAAGAACUUAUGCUCGGGAAAGUAAUGUACAAGCCCUAGAAAUUCUGUUUACUUACCAUGGCUCAGACCUUCUUCCUCAUCGCCUCGCCAUUCUCUCCAACUUCCCAGAAACCACUUCUCCACACGAAUAUUCUGUUUUGCUGCCUGAAGCUUGUUGUAAUGGUGACUCCUUGAUGAUCAUUCCUUGGCAUGAACACAAACACCGAGCUAAAGAUUGGAGCGAGGAAUUGGAGUGCAGGUUGACUGUGCAUUGUCACUUAUUCGACUUGGAAUGGAGCGGCAUAUUCCUGGUUUGCUGGUUCUGUGUGAUGAUUUGGUGACUCUGGAGACAUUGGUCUAUGAAGCCGGAUGUGACUUAACCCUAACCUUGAAAGAACUCCAGCAGAUGAAAGACAUUGAAAAACUAAGAUUAUUGAUGAACUGUUGUUCUGAGGACAAAUAUGUGACAAGUGCCUACCAAUGGAUGGUUCCUUUUCUUCAUCGUUGUGAGAAACAGUCUCCUGGUGUGGCUAAGGAACUAUUAAAAGAAUACCUGGUAACUUUAGCUAAAGGGGACUUAAAAUUUCCCCUGAAGAUAUUUCAGCAUUCCAAACCAGAUCUGCAGCAAAAAAUUAUUCCUGAUCAGGACCAACUGAUGGCAAUAGCACUAGAGAGCAUCUAUACUUGUGAACGAAGUGACCAGCUCCCUCUCUGCUAUGACAUCUUAGAAUGUUUGCCACAAAGGGGAUAUGGUCAUAAGACAGAGGAAACCACAACUCUUCAUGACCUGGUAGACCAGCUGGAACAAAUUCUCAGUGUGUCAGAACUUCUGGAAAAACAUGGACUUGCAAAACCAAUUUCGUUUGUUAAAGACACUCAGUCUAGCUCAGAAGAGGCACGCAAGCUGAUGGUUAGACUGACCAGGCACACUGCUCGAAAGCAGCCUUUUGUCAGUGAGUCUCAUUGGAGGAUAUUGCUACAAGACAUGUUAACCAUGCAGCAGAAUGUAUACACGUGUCUAGAUUCUGAUGCCUGCUAUGAGAUAUUUACAGAAAGCCUUCUAUGCUCCAGUCGUCUUGAAAAUAUCCAGCUGGCGGGGCAGAUGAUGCACUGCAGUGCUUCUUCAAUAAAUCCUCCAGCCAGUGCAGCCAAUAAAGGAAAACAACAGUACAGGGUCAGUUACAAAAAAAGUAUUGACUUGGUGCUGGCUGCCAGUAGAGAGUACUUCAACUCUUCCACCAACCUCACUGACAGCUGCAUGGACCUGGCCAGGUGUUGCUUACAGCUGAUAACAGAUAGACCCACUGCCAUUCAAGAGGAGCUGGACCUUAUCCAGGCUCUCGGAUGUCUUGAAGAAUUUGGGGUAAAGAUCCUGCCUUUGCAAGUGCGGUUGUGCUCUGAUCGUAUCAGCCUCAUCAAGGAGUGUAUUUCCCAGUCUCCCACAUGCUACAAACAAUCUGUGAAGCUUCUAGGCCUUGCCGAGUUGCUAAAGGUUGCAGGGGAAGACCCAGAAGAAAGGCGUGGACAGGUUCUAAUCCUUUUAGUGGAACAAGCACUUCGUUUCCAUGACUACAAAGCAGCCAAUGUGCAUUGUCAAGAGCUGAUGGCCGCAGGUUAUCCUAAAAGUUGGGAUGUUUGUAGCCAGUUAGGACAAUCAGAAGGUUACCAGGACUUGGCCACCCGUCAGGAGCUCCUGGCUUUUGCUUUGACACAUUGCCCUCCUAGCAGCAUUGAAGUUCUUGUGGCUGCUAGCAACUCUCUGCAGGCAGAAAUUCUUUAUCAAAGAGUAAAUUUCCAGAUCCAUACUGAAGGAGAAAACGUCAGUGUUUCACCAAUAAUAAACAAAGCCCUACAGGAGGAUGGUGUAAGUGUUCCAGGCAGUAAUUCAUCUGACCUAUUACACUGGACUACUGCUACUACCAUGAAAGUCCUUUCCAACACAACAACUACCACCAGGGCUGUGCUGCAGGCUGUCAGUGAUGGACAGUGGUGGAAGAAGUCUUUAACUUACCUCCGGCCCCUCCACGGGCAAGAAUUUGGUGGUGCUUAUCACAUGGGCACUACGGCAAAUGAAGAUCUAGAAAAACAAGGUUGUCAUCCUUUUUAUGAAUCAGUCAUCUCCAAUCCCUUUGUCACUGAGUCUGAAGUGACCUAUGACACCUACCACCACAUCCCACAGGAAAGCUUUGCAGAAGUAUUACUGAGAACUGGAAAACUGGCAGAGGCUAAAACUGAAGGAGGAGUAUUUCCAACCACAGAAGUUCUCUUGCAACUAGCAAGUGAUGCUUUGCCAAAUGACGUGACCUUGGCUCUUGCUUAUCUCCUCGCCUUACCACAGGUGCUAGAUGCUAACAAGUGCUUUGAAAAGCAGUCUCACUCUGCAUUAUCUCUCCAGCUGGCAGCAUAUUACUACAGCCUACAGAUCUAUGCCCGCCUCACUCCUUGUUUCAGGGACAAAUGCCAUCCUCUUUACAUGGCUGAUCCCAAAGAGCUAAUCAAGAUGGUCACAAGGCAUGUGACUGGACAUGGACAUGAAGCCUGGCCUGAGGACCUUGUAUCACUCACCAAACAGCUGCACUACUACAAUGAACGCCUCUUGGAUUUCACUCAGGCUCAGCUCCUUCAGGGUCUUCGGAAGGGUGUGGAUGUGCAGCGGUUUACUGCAGAUGACCAGUAUAAGAGGGAAACCAUCCUUGGUCUGUCAGAAACCCUUGAGGAAAAUGUCUACAGCAUUGCUCUUUCUCUGGCACAACGGUACAGUGUCUCCCAGUGGGAAGUCUUUAUGACCCAUCUGGAGUUCCUGUUUGCUGAUAGUGGUUUGUCCACAGGAGAAAUUGAAAAGCGAGCCCAAGCCCUUCAUCUCUUUGAGACUUUGAAGACUGAUCCUGAAACCUUUCACAAGCACAUGGUCAGGUAUAUUUACCCCACUAUUGGUGGCCUUGAUCAUGAAAGGCUGCUGUAUUAUUUCACUCUUCUGGAAAGCUGUGGCUGUUCGGACUUUGAGAAACCUGCCAUUUUGCCAGAAACCCACAUUCGACUGCUGAAGAAAUUCAAAGUAGUUGCACCAGGUCUUAAUUAUAAAAAGUUGACGGAUGAAAGCACAAGUCCACUUGAAGCAUUGGAGCCAGUGCUUUCAAGUCAAAAUAUCUUAUCUAUUUCCAAACUUGCUCCCAAAAUCCCUAAAAAGGAUGGACAGAUGCUUUCCCCAAGCUCUCUGUACACUGUUUGGUUACAAAAGUUGUUCUGGACUGGAGACCCUCACCUCUUCAAGCAGGUCCCAGAGUCUUCCCUAGAAUGUCUUCGUGCCUAUGAUGUCUGCAUGAAGUAUUUUGACCGCCUUGACCCGGGUGACCUCAUCACUAUGGUGGAUGCAAUUACAUUUUCUCCAAAAGCUGUGAGCAAGCUAUCUGUAGAAGCACGUGAACAGAUAACUAGAAAGGCCAUUAAGACAGUCAAACGUUUUAUUGAGAAGCCAAGGAAAAGAAAUUCAGAAGAAGACAUUCAAGUAGCGAGUGAUUCUAAAGUUACCCAUGUAGACGCUUUGAAUCAUCUGGAGAAAUCACUUGCCCACCUGGAAACCCUCAGCGACAGCUUCAUCGUUUCUCUGAAGAACAGUGAGCAGGAAACACUUAAGAAAUACAGUCACCUCUACGAUCUGUCCCGAUCUGAAAAGGGGAAACUCCGUGAUCAAGCUGUGGCCAUGUGUUUAGAUGGUCAGCCUCUAAGUAUGAUUCAACAGCUGCUAGAGGUGGCUGUCGGUCCUCUUGAUAUCUCACCCAAGGAUGUAGUACAGAGUGCAGUCAUGAAAAUAAUUUCAGCAUUGAGUGGUAGCAGUGUUGACCUCAGUGAGCCAAGGGACCCCCUCCAGGUUCUGGAACGUGUUGUAGCAGCCAUCCGUGCCAGCAUGGACAAAGGAGAGGAGCUAGUGUCUCCAGAGGACCUGCUGGAGUGGCUGCGGCCUUUCUGCUCUGACGAUGCCCGUCCUGUGCGGCCUCGUAUCCAUGUACUGCAGACCCUGGGCCAGUCCUUCCACCUGAGUGAGGAGGACAGCAAGCUCCUGGUGUUCUUUAGAACGGAAGCCAUUCUCAAGGCCGCCUGGCCCCAGAGACAGGUGUACGUUGCCGACAUUGAGAAUGAGGAGAGCCGCUAUUCUCUCUUCAUGCAGCUCCUGGAAUCAAGUCACCAGGAGGUUGAAUUUCAGCACUUAAUUUUGCUCUUACAAGCUUGGCCACCUAUGAAAAGUGAACGUGUAAGCAGCAUACCCAGUAACCCAUGGCUGAGACUGGCUACAGUGAUGCUGACCAGAUGCACGGUGGAGAACAAGGAGGAAUUGGGGAAUGAAGUGUUGAAAAUCUGCCGCUCUUUGUAUAACACUAAGCAGAUGCUGCCUGCAGAGGGUGUAAAGGAGCUGUGCCUGCUGCUGCUUCACCAGUCCCUCCUGCUCCCAUCCCUGAAGCUUCUCCUUGAGAGCCGAGAUGAGAGCCUGCAAGCCAUGGCCCUGCAGGAAAUCUCAGCUGUCACUAAGGUGAAUGAUGCCAACUGUGACCAGGAACUUCUUUCCUUGCUCCUGGAUGCCAGGCUGCUGGUGAAGUGUAUCUCCACUCCCUUCUAUCCGCACAUCAUUGGCCACCUCUUGGCCAGUGUCCAGCAAGGGCGCUGGGAUGUGAAGGAAGUAGUUCAACACCUGCGGGAGGCUGGUCAUGAAGCUGAAGCUGGGUCACUCCUCCUGGCCAUGCAGGGAACUCACCGCGCCUUGAGAACUUUCAGCACAGCCCUCAGCGCAGCACAGCACUGGGUGUGAGCAUACCCACCUGAGGCUCUGCUCCCACAGAAUCGAGUAUCAGAGCUGCUAUGUGCUGCUCCCAGAAGUGGUGAUUGUCCUCAGAGCUUCCAAUAAGUGGCAAAUAAAGCUGUAUG